GAGCUUUGCUGUUGGAGGUAGCUGUGGUCUUGUGGGUUGGCCGGCCCCGAGCGGCAGCGACAUGGAGGAAUUCGACUCCGAAGACUUCUCCACCUCGGAGGAGGACGAGGACUACGUGCCGUCGGGUGGAGAGUAUAGUGAAGAUGAUGUAAAUGAAUUAGUGAAGGAAGAUGAAGUGGAUGGUGAAGAGCAGACACAGAAAACCAAAGGGAAAAAAAGAAAGGCUCAGAGCAUUCCAGCCAGGAAGAGGAAACAAGGUGGCCUGUCAGUAGAAGAGGAAGAGGAGGAUGUCAAGUCGGAAUCUGAAGGAAUUAGCAGCGAGGAGGAAGAUGAAUCUGCAGAGCAGGAAAAAGGCAAUGGGUCAGAGGAUGCAAGGAAAAAGAAGGAGGAUGAACUCUGGGCCAGCUUCCUCAAUGACGUGGGACCAAAAUCAAAAGUGCCCCUGAGUACACAAGUUAAGAGAGGAGAGGAGACUGAAGAGACAAGUUCAAGUAAAUUGUUGGUCAAAGGAGAAGAGCUAGAGAAACCUAAAGAAACAGAAAAAAUUAAAAUCACCAAGGUGUUUGAUUUUGCUGGUGAAGAAGUGAGAGUGACUAAGGAAGUGGAUGCUACAUCUAAAGAAGCCAAAUCCUUCUUCAAGCAAAAUGAGAAAGAAAGACCACAGGCUAAUGUCCCUUCAGCUCUGCCGUCACUCCCUGCUGGGUCAGGGUUAAAAAGAUCAAGUGGCAUGAGCAGCCUUUUGGGGAAAAUUGGAGCCAAGAAGCAGAAAAUGAGCACCCUAGAGAAGUCCAAAUUGGACUGGGAGAGCUUCAAGGAAGAAGAGGGUAUUGGUGAAGAACUCGCCAUCCAUAAUCGAGGGGAGGAGGGGUACAUUGAACGGAAAGCAUUUCUAGACCGAGUGGAUCACAGACAGUUUGAAAUUGAACGAGAUCUCAGGCUGAGCAAAAUGAAACCUUGACAUUAUGGGGAAUGUCAAUAGCAGCUUAAUCCUGUUUACAUUGUGACCUUUUUGUGCAUCUGUGAAGUAUUUCCAGUGUUU